CAUUCCGUCGCGUCAUUAAAAAACUUGGGAUCGAAAAAGUUUUUCCUGCUCCAGCGAAAAAGUAAAAGCGUUUUGUGUCCGCAUUUUCGCAGUGGAAAUCUCGUUGCGUGUGUUUUUACGGAAAGCGAACCGAUCUCGCCCGUCGUCAUGAACGCGUUUGGUGAUAAUUUCGAACAGUCGGAGGUGGAUCCGGCGGCCGAGUUUUUGGCCCGUGAACAGAACGCCCUCGCUGGGCUGGAAGAUGAAAUUCCGCCCGUGUCUGGUGCGGCAACGUCCGCCACGAAUGGUUCGGUCAAUGGUGAUCCUGUGCCGAAAGCAGAAUCGACAGGACUCGAAAACGAGCUAAACGGAAGCUUUGAAAUGAUCAGUAAUGCCGAUGCGCAAGAUCCGCCCACUACUGCCGAUAAUAAUCACAACACAGAAGAUGAUAAUGAUGAUUUUGCAGGCUUCACAGUACCCAAGCAGGUGACGGAGGAACCGGAAAAGAUUCGCAAAUGGCGCGAAGAUCAGAAGGCCCGGCUCGAGGAGAAGGAUCGCGAGGAGGAGCGCAAAAAGGAUGAACUGCGCGAGCAGGCCCGGAAGGAGCUGGAGGAUUGGUACAAACAUCACGAGGAAACCAUCUCGAAGACGAAAGCCGCCAAUAGGGAAUCGGCCAAAAACGCCGAAAAACAGUUCGUGGCCGAGACGGACGAGAUUGAACCGGGCACGGAAUGGGAACGGAUCGCCAAGCUGUGCGAUUUCAACCCGAAGACGAACAAAUCCAGCAAGGACAUCUCACGCAUGCGUUCCAUCAUUUUGCAGCUGAAGCAAAACCCGCUCCAGGCCACCAAGAAGGUUUAAGCGUUUCCGGCGCAAGGAUUCGUCCGCAUACAUAUUACAAUAAUGCAAUUAUUGCGAUAAUAUAACUAUAAAUUAAAAGGCAAAAAAGCGACACCGAUACCGGGUAAGGCAAACAGUACACACAACCAAUAUCGUGGCAAUGCUGUGUAGCGAUUCGGGGAAAGUAUAUAUAAUAGUAUACAUUACCUAUAUUAUACACUGUGUAUAAGUAUAGCUGGUUAAAGCUGUAAACAGAAUUCCUCUCACGUAGACAAACACGCAAACAUUCAAAUGCGGGAAAGCAGUUAUAGACGUAAAAGAAACAUGAAUCGAAGAUAAACGGAGAAAAAAAUAGUGUAAAUGCA